UGCUCCCGGGCGCCCGGUCGGGCGGCGGACGGCGAGGCCACCGACGGCGAGGCCAGAGGAGCGCAGCCCCGAGGAGACUGCUCCAGGACCUACCUYUGUCUUCCACAAGACUACGCCAGAGGGCUGGGCACAAGAUGAACCAGCACACUACUGGCCCACGAUGCUCCAGACCAUCCGACUGAACCCUGAGAGCCCCAAAAUGUCUGCGUGCAGUGACUUUGUGGAGCAUAUCUGGAAGCCCGGGUCCUGCAAGAACUGCUUCUGCCUACGGAGUGACCACCAGCUGGCAGCUGGCUGUCCCCAGCCGAGAGCAGGCAGCCUGCCCCCUCCACCACGCCUGCCCCCCAGGCCUGAGAAUUGCCGCCUGGAAGAUGAAGGUGUGAACAGCUCACCCUACUCCAAGCCCACGAUUGCUGUGAAACCCACCAUGAUGAGCUCAGAGACUUCCGACGUGUGGACAGAGGCCAACCUGARUGCUGACGUCCAGCAGGCACUCUGGAGACGAGCCCCRGGCAAGCUCCCCCUCCCAAAGCAGGAAAACAUGCCCAUAGUUUACCUGGGCAGCUUCCGCGGCAUACAGAAGCCUGCGGCUCCCCCUGCCUGCGCGGAUGGUGGCCCUCGCUGUCCCCCUGCCUACGCCAUGGUGGGCCUGCACAACCUGGAGGCCCUCGGGGAAAGGAACAUCGCCAUCCACCCCGGGAGCUUCCCCGACGAGAAGCCUGGACGGGAAGAAAAACCCUCCUUUCCCUACCCAGAGCUGCCCACGGCUCAGGAGAGCUUCCGCCAGAAACUGGCCGCSUUUGCCGGGAUGACAUCUGGCUGUCCCAAGAGCCCUAGGCCCUGCCCCUCUCCUCAGCCCCUGCGGGAGUCCCUGCCUUCUGAGGAUGACAGCGAUCAAAGGUGCUCGCCCUCUGGGGACAGUGAAGGCGGAGAAUACUGCUCCAUUGUGGACUGUUGCCCCGGGAGCCCUGUCGCCAAGGAUGCUGCUCGUGSGGAGGGCUCCCGGGGCAGACCUGGMGCAGGGACCUGCUCGCCCACCUGCUGGGAGCAGGGAACUUGUGCUGGGCCUAAGGACGAGGAGAAGCGGGUUCUGAGCUUCCCCAGUGAGUGCUGUGGCCAGGGCCCCACAGCCAACAGGCCCCACCUGGGGCCCAAGAAGCUGUCCCUUGCUUCAGACGCCGCCAGUUCUUCCGAUGGCCUGUCCUGCGGCAGCACCCACAGUGGCGCCAGCAGYCCCUUCGCUGCCCACCUUGAGAGCGAUUACUGCUCCCUGGUGAAGGAACCAGAGUCUGGGAAGCAACAGGACUCGGGCUGCCACUUGGUGACCUCUARCAGAUGCCCAGGGCUGGCUGCAGAGCCCCAGGCCCCACCCCACCCCAGGGACGCUGUACAGCCAGAGCCCAUCUAUGCCGAGAGCACCAAGAGGAAGAAACCAGUGCCUGUGCCUUCCAGGCCACAGGCCAAGGCAGAACAGGCAGCAGCUACUCAGGGCCAGGGCCAGGUAUGGACAGGUGAUGUCUGGACUCAGAAAACAGUGUCUGGCUGGAGUCAGGACAGGGAAGGCUCAGACAGGACUCCCCAGGUGUCAGCUACCAUUACAGUUAUGGCGGCCCACCCAGAAGAGGACCAUCGGACCAUCUACCUGAGUAGCCCCGACUCUGCAGUGGGGGUGCAGUGGCCACGUGGGCCUGUGAGCCAGAACUCAGAGGCUGGGGAAGAGCAGACCCCAGAUGGGCAGGGACCGAGCUCCAGUGAGAGCCAUCCUCAUGAUGCGACUGAGAGCACACCCAAAGGCAGGCCUGCCAUCCCCCCCAAGCUGUCYAAGAGUAGCCCUGGUGCAUCACCGUCCUCUUCCCCACUGGCUGACCCCGGUGAGGGGGGCUCCAGUGGCAGUGGCAUYGGACCCCAGCCUUCAUCCCAAGGCCCCACCGACCCCACUUCUUCCUGUCGGAUCAAUGGCAUCGUCAGCAAUGAGCCUGCCAGAUGUCCUCCACCCACCACCUCUUCAGCCUUGGACCAGAGGCGGCCCAGGUUCCAGACUGGUGCCUGGAGUCGUCAGUGCCGGAUAGAGGAAGAGGAGGAGGUGGAGCAGGAAUUGUUGAGUCAAAGCUGGGGAAGAGAGACAGAAAAUGGCAUCAUGGACCAUUCAAAUUCCUCUACCUGGCACCGUCUCCACAGCAUGGAUGGCUCCUCGGGACAGAAUAGCAAAGCUGGGAYUGGGAUGAGCAAAUCGGCUUCUUUUGCCUUUGAGUUUCCCAAGGACAGAARCAGGAUGGAGGCAUUCUCACCUCCUCCCCCACCUCCCAAGUCCAGGCACCUUUUAAAAAUGAACAAGAGCAGCUCUGAUUUGGAAAAAGUGAGCCAGAGCUCUGCAGAGAGCCUCAGCCCGUCCUUCAGGGGUGUCCCCAUCAGCUUCACCACCGGCUCCACAGACAGCCUGGCCUCAGACUCAAGGACCUGCAGUGAUGGAGGUCCACCCUAUGAGCCGACCCACUCGCCCACCAUCAGUGGGAAGAAGCUUUUUGCUCCUGUCCCAUUCCCUUCGGGCUCCACUGAGGAUGUGUCCCACAGUGGCCCUGCUCAGCCCCCUCCACUGCCCCAGAAAAAGUUAGUGAGCCGGGCAGCCUCUUCUCCUGAUGGCUUCUUCUGGACCCAAGGCUCCCCCAAGACGCGAACCACAAGCCCUAAGCUGAACCUUAGCCACUCGGAAACCAAUGUCUGUGUCCAUGAUGAGACUCACUUUAGCUAUUCCCUGAGCCCUGGGAACCGCCAUCACCACGUUUUCUCCUCUUCUGAGCCUCUGGAGAAAGCUUUCAAAGGCAAUGGCCACUGGGUCCCCGUCCCAGGGCUGGUGGGCAGCAAAGGCAGCUGCGGGAGCCCCAGCCUCCAGUGUAAAGCCGCCACCUCCACCUCGUCCUCCCAGCUCAGCGUGUGCAGCCAGGCCUCCUCCAGCAGCACCCAGCUGCAACUCCACAGUCUCCUGAGCAGCAUCAGCAGCAAGGAAGGCACCUACGCCAAGCUGGGGGGGCUCUACACGCAGUCCCUGGCCCGUCUCGUGGCCAAGUGUGAGGACCUCUUCAUGGGCGGCCAGAAAAAGGAGCUUCACUUCAAUGAGAACAACUGGUCCCUCUUCAAGCUGACUUGUAACAAGCCCUGUUGUGACUCGGGGGACGCUAUUUAUUACUGUGCUACCUGCUCCGAGGACCCUGGCAGCACCUAUGCUGUGAAAAUCUGCAAAACCCCUGAGCCCAAAACAGCCUCAUACUGCAGCCCCUCUGUGCCCGUGCACUUCAACAUCCAGCAGGAUUGUGGCCACUUUGUGGCCUCAGUGCCCUCCAGCAUGCUCACCUCUCCGGACGCACCCAAGGACUCUCUGCCCGCUCCACCUUUACAGCCCCCUGCGCAGGAGCAGGACUGUGUAGUGGUCAUCACCCGAGAGGUGCCUCACCAGACGGCCUCGGACUUUGUGCGGGACUCUGCUGCCAGCCAUCGGGUCGAGCCUGAGGCUUAUGAGCGGCGCGUGUGCUUCCUGCUUCUGCAGCUGUGCAACGGGCUGGAGCACCUGAAGGAACACAGRAUCAUCCAUCGGGACCURUGCCURGAGAACCUGCUGCUGGUGCACUGCAGUCCCCAGGCCUCCCCGGGGCCCUCCCCUAAUGUCCCCACCCCUCCCACUACCACAUCCCCUAGCCCUUCUGCCCCCCAAGCCAGYGUCACUCCCAGUCCCCCAACUGUUCCCACCUGUCAGGGUGUGCCUAGYGAGAAGCAGUUGCCCAGGCUCAUCAUUAGCAACUUCCUGAAGGCCAAGCAGAAGCCAGGAAGCACUACCAACCUGCAGCAGAAAAAGAGCCAGGCCCGGCUGGCCCCCGAGAUCGUGUCUGCCUCCCAGUACAGCAAGUUUGAUGAGUUCCAGACAGGCAUUCUCAUCUAUGAGCUGCUGCACCAGCCCAACCCCUUUGAGGUGCGGACCCAGCUGCGGGAACAGGACUAYCGGAGGGAAGACCUGCCUCCACUACCCACCCUGUCCCUCUACUCGCCUGGCCUGCAGCAGCUGGCCCACUUGCUGCUGGAGGCUGACCCUAUCAAGCGCAUCCGCAUAGGUGAGGCCAAGAGGGUGCUGCAAUGCCUGCUGUGGGGGCCCCGGCGGGAGCUAGUGGAGCAACCGGGCACCUCUGAGGAGGUGCUGUGCAGCACCCUGCAUAACUGGAUCGACAUGAAGAGGGCCCUGAUGAUGAUGAAGUUUGCAGAGAAGGCGGUGGAUCGCAGGCGAGGGGUGGAGCUGGAGGACUGGCUUUGCUGUCAGUACCUGGCGUCCGCUGAGCCCGGAGCCCUCUUGCAAUCACUGAAGCUCCUGCAGCUUCUAUGARCAAAGCCCCCACCUUGCGCUUUUACUGCCCCCUUCUAUACCUUCCCCUGUGCCCUUGCCUUGCCUUGGAAACAUCCAUGUCUCCCCGGGAAAUGGUACAAACGACUGUCAUACCUGGAUGUAAAAUAUAUGUACAAAUAAUAUAUAAAUUUGAAAGACUAAGGACAUCAUUGCCCAUUCUAGCCUCCCCUCCUCGCCAACCCGCCCCCACCUGCCAUUUUCUCCUAUAAUCAUGUAAAUUUCUAGAUCAGUGCAAGGAAUUAAGUUCUGCCAACAACCUGAAGCCAAGAUUCUGGCCUGACUACCCCAUUAUGGAAUCUCUUCACCCUCUUGUCAAACUGUUAUUUAAACAACAAUAAAAAAAAAAA